CGUGUGCAUCGUGUACUCGUGCUUGGCGGUCAAGCGCAACGCCGGGAUUGUCUCCGCACAGGCCAAGCACACGGCAGCGGCGCAGGGGUACAAGGACAUCGCUGUCCCUGGCCUCUUCAAGUGGCUGCAGGAAAGCUUGGACAGGAGGUUUUCUUCUUGCAGCUGUGGCUCACGUUCGAGGUCAUGGGGAAGACGUCCAUGACGGGAGGCGCGGUCCUCUUCACCGACGGCGAAAAACUGUGGAAGCGGUUCUACAAAACCCUGCGCGAAAUCAAGAAAUACUACAACCCCGUUUUCGUCGAAGGACAACCUGGGGACCAACUACCGUCGGGCAGCCAAGGCGACGACGCCAUCGAGUACCUUCUGGACGGAGUUUACCACAUGGAAUCCGGAACGGGGAACGCAGAGGACCCGAUCGAGUUAGAAGAGAGGGGUGGCGGUGAGGGAGAGGGUUGGGAAGAUGACUCUGGGGAAUCGUCACCGACGGAGAGCGAGGACGGCGAGAGUGGAAAGCAGAAAGGAACGGAGGAAGCAGUGGAGCCACAGGAAAGCAGCGGUGAUGACUCACCGGCGGGGGAGGGGGGGAUGAAGAAGGAGCCAGAAGACGAUACGCCGGGCAACGGGGAUGAUGCCCCCUCCGAAGAAAUCACACGAGAAGAGGGCGGGUUUCCGCAGAGGCCCAACAAGUGGAUGCACCAGUAUCUCCUGACAUUGUGUUUGAUCGGAAGGCCAUGCAGCAGCGAGGACCCUGACCUCCGAACCGCACGCAAAAUAUCCGGACCCAAGGUUCGCGGCGCGUCCGGGGCCAAGGGUCGCGGCGGGAAGCAGAAGGCGAAGAAGCCGGUGUUGCUAGGAACCUAGUCCAUUGUACCAAUAUCACUAGAGGACACCCUAUAGCAGCGGGGGGGUGUGUUGGCGCGCUCAAAACUUCUUCUGUGGUGGUGGUAUCGAGUGUCGUUGUCGUGGUCCACAAUCUCCGCAAAUCUCGCAAGUUAGAUCGACACCCAGUGUCUUGUACUGCUUGUGCUCGCCGCCACUGAACCCAAUCUUCUGAACUGCAGGUUUACAGCAGUAGCUGAUGCCACCAGCUACUGCUGACAACCCGCAGUUGAGGGGUUUGCGGUCCGUGGUGGUGAGCACCGCUGUGACAAGUGUUGAGUUCCGCUUGGUUCCGGCGCAGAUUUCGGACCGUUUUCAGAGGCUGCUGCGACCUUCGAUAUUUCAGCCCCAGUAGUAUACCUGAACGUGCCAGCACGCACGACGCCUCUUGAUGAUAUCCUCUACUGAUACUAGCACAACGGACCAGGUUCCUCCGGCGGGAAGGUUGUUUUCUUUCUUUGUACUGUUAUAAAGUAUGAGAAAAGAGCCAGCGUCAAAAUCCCUUGUCUGGGUACCCUUAAUAAACGACUGCCGGUUAGCUUU